AUCCCUCAAGCCUGUGAGUCAGCAGUGUCCUCGGGAUUGGUCCCUCGCAUUGGCUCCCCGCCCCUGGGGAGGAGCCAGGCAGCUCUAGGUCCAGCCCGUUCUUCCCUCAGCCAGAGAAGAAGCUCCACGCUGGGCGGGGAUGGGGCCGGCAACAGUCUGGGUCUGAGCUGGAGGAGCUGGAGAAGCCAGAGCCACUGGUCCCUCUCCCUCCUCAGAACCCUUGAGAUCCCUGGGCCAUAACGGGCCGAUCGGGCCAAGGGCCUGGGGAUGCCCCUGCCUGGCCCCCUUGCCCUGACCGGCAGGGGGGCCGGGCUGGGCAGCAGCCUCCCUCUCACUCCAGCCAUGGAUCUCCUGCCCCCCAAGCCCAAGUACAACCCACUUCGGAAUGAGUCUCUGUCAUCGCUGGAGGAGGGGGCUUCAGAGUCCACCCCACCGGAAGAGCUCCCCUCGCCGUCAGCCUCAUCCCUGGGGCCCAUCCUGCCACCUCUGCCUGCGGACGAUAGUCCCACGACCCUGUGCUCCUUCUUCCCCCGGAUGAGCAACCUGAAGCUGGCCAACCCGGCUGGGGGGCGCUCGGGGCCGAAGGGGGAGCCAGGCAGGGUGGCUGAGGAUGAGGAGGGGGUCGUAGGGGCAGCCGUGCCAGACUCGGGCCCUCUGCCUCUCCUCCAGGACAUGAACAAGCUGAGUGGAGGCGGCGGGCGCAGGACUCGGGUGGAAGGGGGCCAGCUGGGGGGCGAGGAGUGGACCCGCCACGGGAGCUUCGUCAAUAAGCCCACGCGGGGCUGGCUGCACCCCAACGACAGAGUCAUGGGACCCGGGGUUUCCUACUUGGUUCGGUACAUGGGCUGCGUGGAGGUCCUGCAGUCGAUGCGAGCCCUGGACUUCAACACCCGCACUCAGGUCACCAGGGAGGCCAUCAGUCUGGUGUGUGAGGCUGUGCCAGGUGCUAAGGGGGCGACAAAAAGGAGAAAGCCCUGUGGCCGCCCGCUCAGUUCCAUCCUGGGAAGGAGUAACCUGAAGUUUGCUGGGAUGCCCAUCACUCUCACCGUGUCCACCAGCAGCCUCAACCUCAUGGCCGCGGACUGCAAGCAGAUCAUUGCCAACCACCACAUGCAAUCUAUCUCGUUUGCGUCCGGCGGGGACCCGGACACAGCCGAGUAUGUCGCCUAUGUGGCCAAAGACCCGGUGAAUCAAAGAGCCUGCCACAUCCUGGAGUGUCCCGAAGGGCUUGCUCAGGACGUCAUCAGCACCAUUGGCCAGGCCUUCGAACUGCGCUUCAAACAGUACCUCAGGAACCCGCCCAAGCUGGUUACCCCCCAUGACAGGAUGGCCGGCUUCGACGGUUCAGCUUGGGAUGAGGAGGAGGAAGAGCCGCCUGACCAUCAGUACUAUAAUGACUUCCCGGGGAAGGAACCCCCUCUUGGGGGGGUGGUGGACAUGAGGCUUCGGGAAGGAGCCCCCCCGGGGGCUGCUCGACCCACGCCGCCCAGCGCCCAGACCCCCAGCCACCUGGGAGCAACGCUGCCUGUGGGGCAGCCUGUUGGGGGAGACCUGGAAGGCCGUAAGCAGAUGCCACCUCCGCCACCCUGCCCAGCAGGCAGAGAGCUCUUCGAUGACCCCUCCUAUGUCAACGUCCAGAACCUGGACAAGGCCCGGCAAGCUGGGGCUGGGGCCGGGCACCCCAACCCUGCCGUCAAUGGCAGUGCGCCCCGAGACCUCUUUGACAUGAAGCCCUUUGAAGAUGCCCUUCGGGUGCCUCCCCCUCCCCAUUCUGUGGCCAUGGCCGAGCAGCUCCGGGGGGAGCCCUGGUUCCACGGGAAGCUGAGCCGCCGGGAGGCCGAGGCGCUGCUGCAGCUCAAUGGGGACUUCCUGGUGCGGGAAAGCACCACCACGCCUGGCCAGUACGUGCUCACCGGCCUGCAGAGCGGGCAGCCCAAGCACCUGCUACUGGUGGACCCUGAGGGUGUGGUUCGGACAAAGGAUCACCGCUUUGAGAGUGUCAGUCACCUCAUCAGCUACCACAUGGACAAUCACUUGCCCAUCAUCUCUGCGGGCAGCGAACUGUGUCUACAGCAACCCGUGGAGCGGAAACCGUGACCCGUCCCAGGUGCUUUCCAGAAGACACCCUGCAACUCCUUCCACUAUUUCCUGACUGUCAGGACCUCACUUGGGAGUGUUCUGUGGGCCUGGCCUUGGGCCGCAGCUGGGGGUAGUGUGGACACUGGGUCCCGUCAGCAUCCGGCUGAGGGAAAGGGUUUGAGUCAGGAGCCUGGGGUAGAGUCCUCCUCCCCAAACCUCACCAAAGUAUUAACGUAGAGUGGCCCCCUUCCCAGGGCCUUUCCUGUGCCAACCUGAUACCCCCUUCCCCGAGAAGGUGGGUGCUCGAGGCCUGGGCAGUGUGCCUCAUAGAAAAUGUCCUGUGGUGUCAGGUAGUUGGUCACCCUUCCAGGGAAGGGAGAAGAAAUCACACCUUCGGUCUACUCCUGGGCUCAGGGUGCCCCAGACCCCUCUCGACAACCCUCCCUCUCAGUGUUUAAACUUUGUGCCUUUGACCAUCUCCUGGGUCUGAAAAUAUUUUAUGCAAAGAGUUCUUGGGCCCCUGAGGUCAAGGAUGGGGGCGCUGACACCUUGGCUUCUGGGACCCUGCCCUCUCCUUGCUCAGCACCUCCUCCAGUUUAGGUUGGGAGAACGGGCAGGGGUGGCAGCAGUCCCUUCUCUCUGGGCAUAUGCCACCCAUAGAGGUUGCCUCAGAACCCCCCUCCCGGCCAGGGGGGAGGCGGACCGUUCUUAGCUCAGUGCCUCCUGGCCGGGGGCCCCUGACCCCAGGGGUCUGUAUAUACAUUUCUGUGCCCCUCCCCUCCCACGUCACAUGCAUGUUAUAUUCUACAGCCAAAGUGUAGCCCUUCCUCCUGCGUCCUCCGCCCUGCCUACCCUGCUGGGGUGCGGGGGGAUGACUGACUCUGGGUUUCCGCAACUAUUAGCGCUCCCAGGUGGAUUCUGUGGAGGGGAACAGGCAUGGAGACUCAGACGCAGUAGACAAUCCCCACAUGCCAUCUGUAGACGUGGAACUGCGUUUAUUUUUUAUUUUAUAAUCAUGUAUUGGAGGGCUGUAGAUGUACUUUCCUAAGUUGUUUUCCAUGGCUUAUCGAGCACAAAAUGAUGGUGACCCAUUACAUUUAUACACCACCUCUUUGACUUUUCAAAGCCCUUUUACAACUGUUGGCAUUUUCCUCACCCCAGCCUGUGAGGCAGUUGGGGCCGGCAGCAUUGUCUUCUCUAAGAGACCCAAGGCAGAGAAGUCCAUGGUGAACUAGCACCAGAAACCCGUGGGCCUCUGGCCGCGAGGCCAGGAGGCAGACGUGUGGCGGGGGAAACUUCAAACCUGCGGUUACUGCGUCCCUGCCUGGGGCCACGACCACGGAGCAGCCCACGGAGAAGCCGGCCCUGCGAGUCUCUAGGCCUGGUGGCUAAGGGACAGUUGACUCCUCGCCGCCUCUUUUUUGUAGUUUGGGUGUUCUCACGGGUCUUACUUAUACCAAAGGGAAAAAAAAAUUAAAGUCCAUAUUUCUUCUA